AUGGAGGACGGUUCCUUGGAUCUCAUCCAGAGUAUUGAAGAUGACCCCCUUCUGGACACCCAGCAUCUUCCACAUCACUCUUUACAUGCUCAUUUUUGGCCCAGAUUCCACCCUCUUCCUACAGUCAUCAUAGCAAAUCUUCUCUUGUUGAUACAUCUUGUGUUUGUUAUUUUAGCGCUUUUAACAGGUGUGCUUUGUUCUUACCCCAAUCCAAUGGAGGACACGUGCCCGGGAAACUACACCAACCCGUUGAAAGUUCAGACAGUCAUAAUCCUUGGAAAAGUUAUUUUGUGGAUUCUGUAUUUCCUUCUUGAACAAUACGUCCAGUAUCACCAUUGCAAAGUAAGAAACCGAGGCUAUAACAAGAUCUACCGGUCAACAAGACAUCUGAAAAGACUUCCGCUGAUGAUACACUCCACUGGCAGCACGGCGCUCCUCCUCCUCCUCUGCCUGCAGCACUCCUUCCCUGAGCCCAGCACAUGGUACCUGGACCUCAUGUUGGCCAUCCUGGCCCUGGAGCUGAUCUGUUCCCUGACGUGCCUGCUUGUGUACACAGUGAAAAUCCAAAAAUUUAAUAAAGCCAAGCCACAGCCUGACGUACUUGAAGAAGAGAAAAUCUAUGCUUACUCCAACAAUAUUACCUCAGAGACUGGAUUCAGGCCUCUCUCGAGCCUGGAGGAGGUUGUGGAGAAGCAGGGAGACAUCAUAGUGUACCUGAAGCGGCACAACGCGCUCCUCAGUCAGCGGCUGCUGUCCUUCUCAUCCUCUGACCUCGGCUCUCAGCCAGGUGGGAUUUGA